AGUGAGGGCUUUCUCUCUCUCAAGCGAUCUCAGUGCAUGUUAUUUUCAUGCAUGUUUACCGUGCAUUGCACUAAUCAGAGUAUGUGUUGAAAUGCUGUAGUCUGAUGAACAUGGAUGACUUGAAGCAGUCGUGUCACGAGCUCUCUCUACCCGUCACGGAGAAAUGCAACCCCAUCAGCAGAGAUAUUGAUAGAGUGAAUGGCAAACAGAUGGUGCAAAUACUGAGAAGAUGUGACGCCGAGAUUUUUGAGAAGAAAAAUCAUGAUCCACUUCAUCAGAGACUAUAUAGUUCACCUGUCAUCCAAACGAUGGUGGAUGUUGCAAAGAGAGUGGAAAUGAUGCUGAGGGACCCAGAGGAGAGUUUGAUUGUAUUAAGUGGCUGUGGAACAUCAGGCCGUAUUGCAUUUCUUUUGGUGACAUCCUUUAAUGAGAUGUUGAAAGCCCAAAAACAGAAACAGAUCUGUUCGUACAUCAUAGCUGGAGGUGACAGGGCCCUGCUGACAUCACAGGAGGCUCCAGAGGACGACACGGCGCUGGGAGCUCGCACACUGGACAAGAUUUGUGCAGGAAAGAAGCAUGUCCUGUUCAUUGGAAUAUCCUGUGGCAUGUCGUCUGUAUUUAGGGUGACUAGACGUCCGGAGAGUUUGAUUGUAUUAAGUGGCUGUGGAACAUCAGGCCGUAUUGCAUUUCUUUUGGUGACAUCCUUUAAUGAGAUGUUGAAAGCCCAAAAACAGAAACAGAUCUGUUCGUACAUCAUAGCUGGAGGUGACAGGGCCCUGCUGACAUCACAGGAGGCUCCAGAGGACGACACGGCGCUGGGAGCUCGCACACUGGACAAGAUUUGUGCAGGAAAGAAGCAUGUCCUGUUCAUUGGAAUAUCCUGUGGCAUGUCGGCACCGUUUGUUGCUGGGCAACUGGAUUUUUGUCUGAAGCACUUAGACGUCUUUACUCCAGUGCUUCUGGGAUUCAAUCCUGUACAUAUGGCGAGGAGUGAACCAAUGCAGGACUGUUCCUUUCACUUUAAAGACAUUGCAGAGAUGAUGGCUGCAGAGCAGAGACAUAAGAAAGCAUUUGUCCUAAAUCCUGUAUUGGGGGCUGAGGCCAUCAGCGGAUCGUCCCGGAUGAAAGGAGGCAGUGCAACUAAAAUCAUUCUGGAAUCUAUUCUUCUGGCCGGACAUGAAGCUACAUUUAGAGGAAAGAGAAUGACACCUGAAUGCAUUUCUGCCUGGAUCACAGCGAGUGAGAUGGUUCAUGAAACUACUUACUCACACAGUGAUGAGCUUGCAACGCUUAUUCAUCAAGCAGGAGAGAGCCUUCAGAUGAAUGCGCAUGUGUACUAUAUUGGAUGGCAAACUCUGGGCAUUAUAGGACUGACUGAUGCCAGCGAAUGCAUCCCAACAUAUGGAGCAGAUUUUGAUGACAUCAGAGGUUUUAUCAACAAUGGUUUCAGAGAAAUGAAAAACAAAGAGGGAGAAUCUUAUCAU